UUUCUAGUGUGAAUAGACGAAUAGUGAUGAGAGAGAGAGAGAGAGAGAGAGAGAGAACGUAGUAUUGUGAUUCUAUUUGAAGACUCAUCUUGUGGUGAUAGUUAACUCAUCCUCAUCCUCUCCAAAAUAUCAUAUAUAGAUCUCUCCCAUUUCUCUAAAAUGUUACAUGUUUUAUAAUCUUUAUUAUUAUUUCAGUCACCAUCCUCCCCAAAAACCAUAAAAGAGAAGCUUCCAUUUCACCUUCAAAAUCACUCAGUCACCAUUUUGCACUUAUCCAUAAGCUUCUAGCACUUUCUAAAACAAACUCUUUGGAAAUGCUUCUAGAUGAAGUUUUCAUCUAUUUUGUUGUUGUUGAGCUAUAAGCCAUAAAACCCAUUUCAUUUUGUCUUAUAAAAAAACAUAACCUAAAUCUUUGUCCUUUUUUACUUUCUCCUCACUAGUGGUUCUUUUUUGCCACAUCUUCAAAAUCCAACAUAAAUAACAACCCAUUUGAAUCUUACUACAUCCAAAACUCUCCAAUCCCUAAAAAGCUUUGAACUUUCUUGAAAAAUCAAUUAAAAAAAGAAACCCCUUAUUUCAUUUUUUCUACUGAAAAUUCAACUAAAAUCAAACAAAGUUUGUUCCUUUUUGUGACAGAAAGAUGCAAGACCCAACAACAUUCCAACCCAUGAAACCCCAUUUUCCAGAACAAGAACAACUAAAAUGUCCACGUUGUGAAUCAAACAACACAAAAUUCUGCUACUACAACAACUACAAUCUCUCACAGCCACGCCAUUUUUGCAAAAACUGUAAAAGGUAUUGGACAAAAGGUGGUGCUUUGAGGAACAUUCCUGUUGGUGGUGGAACAAGAAAAGCUACAAAACGUUCUUCAACUUCAAAACGCUCAACUUCUUCAUCUUCUUCUUCUCCAUCACCAUCAAUUGUAACUUCUUCAGCACAAGCUUCGGUUUCAGAAUCUGACCCGACCCAGAUUCAUGUUAACCCGGUUGAGAUUGGUGGUGGGAGUUUUAGUUCGCUUCUUUCAUCAACUGAGCGAUUUGGGAACCUUUUUGAGGGUCUGAAUUCAAAUGGGUCGGGUUUGAAAAUGGUGCAAAUGGGAGAAUUUGGUGAGAAUUUGAAUUGUGACCCGGUUGUGAAUUCGGGUCAUAACCCGAAUAGUACGCUUGGUGAAUCAGAUACUUUUUUGGGUUUGCAAAAUGGUGAUUCAAGUUGUUGGAAUGGUAACCAUGGUUGGUCUGAUCUUGCAAUAUAUACACCUAGCUCAAGUUAUCAGUAGAAGGGAUUUGAAAAAAUUGAGUCUUUUUGGCUUAAUCUAUAGUUUCUUAAAUUAUGUUUAAUUUGUUCCAAUAUUUUAUUUAAUAUACUCCUAUAAUAUGGUUUUUGUAAAGAGUUAUAUGAUUUGUACAAGUUUAUGCUUUAUGGAUCGCAUGACAUGGAGGAUCAUACAUUAGAGGAUUACUAAUUCAGGAACCUCUAGCUAGGGUUGUCCUCCAAGUUACCAUUUCAUUUACAACCCUUCACAUGUGUGGGGUUUGAUAUAAACAAAGUUUGGCCAAGAUUGGUGUAUGGAUUUAAUUUGCGGGAGUUGUGGAAAUUUAAUUAAUUAGUAUUGAUGUACUCUUUUCUUUCCCAUAUGUAGUGUUUUUUUUAAGUUA